AUGAUAAUGCAUCUUUUAAAAUGGAUACAAUUUGUGUCCAAUAAAGCCAAAUAUUCUCAUGUGAAGCACUUUAUCUCUUUAGUCUUUUGUUACACGUAGUGUCUUCUUGAGCCACCACCACACUCAUGUAUGCUUCAUUAUCCUUCCCUUCUUUUUUCCCUACCAUUUCUCAAAAUGUCACCACAACAUCAAUCUGCAUACCUGGCCACAACAAUUUCUACUCCGCCAAUCUUGCAAAAUCCGUUGCCCGUAGCCCACAAGUUUCAAGCACACGCUGUUGGGCGGCUAGACGACAAGUUAGAUAUGACGAUGAUGAAAAUGAUCAAGAAUAUGGACAUAAUGAAGAGAUAGCAAUUCUGGAAUUUUACACUCAGGUUGCCAAAGAAGAAGCACUUUUGGUUAAAGCAGUUGUGGACGACCAACAAGUUGAGCUUCUCAUCUUCAAGGGAUUUUCAUCGAGCUUGAGCUCAGGAACUUCUUUUGACCCAACAAGGAGUAUUCUUCCGGCAAGAGCAGUUAUACAAAGCAUUGAUCGAGUUAAAGGCCCUUUCGAUCCCUCCAAUAUUGACUAUAUUGAAAAGGACCUUCAAGUUGAUGCAUUUAAAACAGUGGUUCAGAAAAUAAAACGUGUUCAAUCCGGUCAUCAAUCCUAAAUCAAUUAUCGUUUACCAAGUGCAAUCCCAUAUCUCAAAAUGAGAUAUUGAUGUUUUUAGAUAUUCAAAAUUGUUCAUAGAUUUUGAUUUAAUUGGGACUACAUAAUAGGGUUAGAAUCAAAUACAAGUUUCCCUCUCAAAUUAGGUGUGAAUUGCCCUAAGGAAGUGUAUGUUUGUCUUCUUUAAUAGCAUACUUGUAUACCAUAGUGAACAUCAACAUGUGGAACACUUACAAGAAGUUCUAACCUUGUUGAGAGACAAUUAAUCAAUUUUUUGUGUGA